AUGAACCAGAUUUUCUAUCCUUUAACUUAAGUAUAUAGAACAUCAACAAGACAAAUUAAUAAAGUGAUUUACUAUAGCAAUCCUUUACCAGAAAUAAAACUAAAAUCUAACGAUCUAAAAUAAUCAAUAUUCGAUUGGUAUCACAAUCUUUCUAAAUUAAAGGUUGAGACAACUAAAUUAGGAAUAAUUGGAAGAAGUGCUUUCAUUUACAUCUUACUUUAGAGUUUAUUCAUAUCUUAAAAUGUUCAAGAUAGAUCAAAAUGGACUACAUGAAUAUUAAGAAUUAUUAUGUAGUCCUUUUGAAGUUAAUGUUGUAUAGGAACUUAAUAGAUAUUAUUCUAUUUAAAAUUGUAAGCGUUUAAAUAAGAUUGAUUUAAAUGCACAUAAGGUAUAUCAUAAAUUUCAAUAAAUUAAAGUACAUCCUUGAUCACAUAUAUGUGUCUGAUUAUGAAUGGUUAUUUGAUACCAUUACAUUAAGAGGGGAUGUUGAACAAAUUAUAAAUUCAUUUGAAGUAAUAUCUAAUGGUACCAUAUUUACAAAUUGUGGAGAAUUGGAAUCUUAUGAAGAUGAAGGAUAUUUUGAAAUUAACCUUAAAAAAUAGAAAGUUUAUUAAACAUUGUCUGAAUUAUUGGUUGAAGAAUUCUAAAUUGCAAUCUUAUUAAAGUACAUAAUCAAUUAUAUAAAAUAGGUAUCGUUAAUUUUAAGAUGGAACUAAUUACACUUAUAAUAAAAAUAUAUUAAAUUUGAAUCUUGUGAGAUUUAAUUAUCUUUCCUUAAACUUAAAUUAAGCCUUCCUUGAAUUUAAAUAAUUAUUUACCUAACAAUCAAAUCAUAAAUAAUAAAUAAAUGAACUGAACUUAAUUCAAUCUUGGAAUGAAUAGAUCAAAUUAAAUCCUUUAUAAUAUUAAAUCCUUUGUUAAGAAGUUUAACACUAUUUUAAUUAACCAAAAGAAUUAUUUUAAGUUCCUAUUAAAUAAGUUUUAAAUGAAUAUGUACUAUUUUGUAAAUAUUUAAUUUCUAAAACAUUACUUAAAGAAUUUCCUUUAACUUAAGCACUUGAUAUUAAAAGAAUUAAACCAAAAUAGGAUAAAUAAACUUAAUAAUAAUUACAAUAAUUAAAUAAUUUAUUUAAAAACUCUUCAAAAUCUAAAAUAUUACCUGAAAAUGAUUAAAGAUUAUUUAGUACAAAUAAUGAAGAAAUAGAAAAUAAUUUAUAUGAAUAUACUACUUAAUUUAUGAAAAGACUUAUGGAUGAAACAUUUUUAGAAUUAGAAAAUCAAAAGAAAUUCAAAAAGUAAAAAUAGAAAAAGGCUAAAAAUCAGAAAAAACAAUAUAUGAGUGAAUGUACAUCUAAUUGUACUGAAUAUUAAUAGUUAUAAUAAUAAUAAGAAAUUUAAUUUGAUGAAGAAUGGAUUAAUGAUACAUAAACAAAGAAUCAAAAGAAAAAACAAAGAAGAAAGGAGUAAUUAUUUCAUAUAUAUAUUAGAAAUUAAGAAAAGAAAAAAAUUAAAAAAUUACCUGAAAUAUAGUAAGUAGAAUCAAGUGAAAGUGUUUAAACAUAAUAAUUUGAACCUUCAGUUUAAAUUGAAAUUUAAAAAGAAGAAGAAGAAAUAUAAGAAUAAGUCUAAGAGAUAUUACUUUAUACAACUACUUCUACACAUGAUGAUGAUGGAGAAUUUAUUGAAGUUACUAAAAAGAAAUUUAAUGGGAAAAAAAAAAAAUAAAAUAAUAAAAAAGAGAAAGAAUAAAAAGAAGAUUAAGUUGAAAAAUAAGUUAUCUUAAUGAAAAAAUCAAAUUCUUCAUAAUAAAAUUAUCUAUCUGAUGAUUAUAAAAUGGGAAAUACUACUCCCACUAAAACUCUUUCUUAAAAAAAAGAAUAGGAUAAUAUUCCUUAGAAACCUGGUUUAGUCAAAAGUGCAAGUAAAGAAUAAAAAACAUAUAAAUAUGAUUUGGAUAAAGAAACUCUUGAAAAAAUAUAUUAGAGUAUUUUAGAACAUAAAAUUUCAAGGGAUAUUUAAUCAAUCUAUUAAAAAGAAUAAGAUAAUUUACUCAAAUUUAGAACAGCAAGAGAAAUAGCUAUAUUAAGAGUAUAACAUAUUAUUAAAGCACAUUUUUUCUAAUUUUAAGUUGAACCUGUUAUUUUUGGUUCUUCAAGAACAGGACUAGCACUUUAUGAUAGUGAUGUUGAUAUGGUAGUUUUUGGAUUACCUGUAUUUACUAAAGCAUAAUUAUUUGAUCCUAUGAGAAAACUAUUAGAAGUAUUCUCCUAAAUGAAAUGGGCUAUAAGUUACAAGUAUUUAUCAUUAAAUAAUUUUUAGACAUAUAUUUUAAGCAACUAUUCCUUUACUCAAAAUUACAAUUGAUCCUUCUGUUGGAUUUCUAGAAUUUGUUGGAAAUCCUCUUUAUUAUGUGAUGAAUCAUAGAAAUAUUGACUAAUUUAAUCUAAAAUAUGGAGAAUUAUGUAUUGAUUUGAUUUUUAAGUAAAGCUUAAAACAUUUAAAUUGAUAUCACAUUUGAAUUACAAUAACCAUACCCAAUGUAUGGAUACUAAGGUUAUCAUGUUGGACUUCUUUCAACAGAUUAUCAACGUUAAAUAGGAAAUUCAGUAAAAGGUUUCACAGAAGUAGCCAUAGUCUUAAAGAAAUUUUUAAAGUAAAGAGGGUUAAAUGACUCUUAUACUGGAGGUGUUAGUUCUUUUUGUUUAACUAUUAUGUUAGCUGCCAUAGGUGAAAAUGUUACAAUGGGUGAUAAAUUAUUGUAAUUCUUAUAAAGAUAUGGAUGGAAUUUUGAUCCUGAAAAAUAAUACAUUUCAUUACAUUCAGAGGAAACAUUUAUGCCAAUUUAAAAUUAAGGAGAUAGAUUACCUUUAAAUAUAAUAUCACCAAUUAAUGAUGAGAAAAUUUAGAUUUAUGUUUCAAAGAUAUAGGAAAUUCUAUAAAUUUUUAAAGAACUCUAUUUAGAAUUGAAGGAAAAUAUGAAUUAAAUAGCAAUAAGUCUUCAAAAGAAAUUAGAAUAAAAGGAAUUAUUAUAAUUAUAUUAAACAAAUAUUGAGAAGCUUGUUGAUCUGAUUUAAUGGCAGAAUACAAAUCUUCUUGAUAGUCAAUUCUGA